GGAUUUUUGUAUAUACAGAGGGACACUUGCACAUAUUGAGGCAACAAAAGCAAAUACCGUUGACCGUCCAAAGCCAUCUCCAGUAUGCAGCAGUUGAGUUCCCGUUUGCUGCCAUCACCAUUUCCACUGAACAUACAGAGUGGUAAUUGGAACAGUUAUUUAUUAAAUUAACAGAAGAUGAAGAUGAAGGCAGAGACAGUGACACUUGUGCUGGUGAAUCUGGCAGGUAUUAUGCAGAGGGCUGAUGAGUCAUUGUUGCCAGGUGUAUACAAAGAGGUUGGUGCUGAACUCAAUGCUAACCCAACUGCGUUAGGUUCUCUCACUCUUUACCGAUCACUUGUUCAAUCGUUGUGUUACCCUCUCGCCGCUUACCUCGCCACGCGACACAAUCGUGCACAUGUUAUAGCUUUAGGUGCUUUUCUCUGGGCUGCUGCCACUUUCCUGGUCGCCAUCUCCUCCACCUUCUUACAGGUGGCAAUCUCCAGAGGCUUAAAUGGCAUUGGACUCGCCAUUGUUAUUCCAGCAAUUCAGUCCUUAGUUGCUGACUCCACCAUUGAUAGCAAUCGCGGUGUGGCUUUUGGGUGGCUUCAACUAACAGGAAACCUUGGAAGCAUUAUUGGUGGUCUCUUCUCUGUACUACUAGCCUCAACAUCAAUCUUUGGCAUAUCUGGUUGGAGAAUAGCUUUUCAUCUGGUUGCACUGAUUAGUGUUAUUGUUGGUAUAUUAGUACGCAUUUUCGCUAAUGAUCCACACUUUUCGAACAACAAAGCUGCCUAUCAAACUCCAAACAAGCUCUUUUAUGGUGAAAUGAAAGAUCUAUUAAAAGAAGCAAAUGCAGUUAUAAGAAUUCCAUCAUUUCAGAUAAUUGUGGCUCAGGGAGUAUUUGGAUCAUUCCCAUGGUCAGGUUUGUCAUUUGCCACUCUUUGGUUAGAACUAAUAGGCUUCUCCCAUGGAACAACAGCAAUUCUUUGGACCUUAUUUAUAGUUUCUGCUUCAUUUGGGGCUCUGUUUGGAGGAUGGUUUGGAGAUUUUUUAUCCCUGAGGUUACCAAACUCUGGGAGAAUAAUGCUGUCACAAAUAAGUGCUGGUUCAGCUAUUCCUUUAUCAGCAAUUCUGCUUUUAUCACUGCCUGAUGAUCCAUCCACCGCCUUCAUGCAUGGUCUUGUUUUAGUCAUCAUGGGAUUUGCUACAGCCUGGAAUGCUCCAGCAACUAACAAUCCAAUAUUUGCAGAAAUAGUUCCUGAGAAGUCGCGAACAGCUAUAUAUGCUUUGGAUCAAUCUUUUGAGUCUAUAUUGCAGUCAUUUGCUCCUCCUUUUGUUGGAUUAUUGGCACAGCAUGUUUAUGGUUACAGACCAGUUCCAAAAGGAUCCUCUGAUUCUGUUGAAAUUGAAACUGAUAGGGAAAAUGCUGCAUCACUCGCCAAGGCACUUUGUACAGCUUUUGUAAUUCCUAUGACACUCUGUGUUAUCAUCUACUCAUUACUUUACUGCACGUACCCGAGAGACAGAGAGCGAGCGAGAAUGGUUGCAUUAGAGGAAUCAGAAAUGCAGCAACUAGAUGUGGAAGAUUGCACAAGAGAAGAAUAUUGUGAAAUUCAUGUUUUAGAAUCAAAUAGACUGAAUGGCAAAGAAAGUAGCAAGAUUGAUCAUGUAGAUUAUUCAAGGGAAGAGAACAUAGACUUAGAUGACAAUGAUGAGAAAGUUUUGCUGUCAUAGUUCACAUUUGCAAGGAAUUGUGGAGCCUCAGUGGACAAUUCAAGCCUUUUGAUGGGUUUUAUGAUAUCAUGGGGAACUUAUAUAGCUUUUUUUUUGUUCUGAUACGUAAUCACACAAACACAAGGAGGGAUCUUUUAUAUGACUCUGAAAAACUAUUUAUACAAUGUCCAUCCCUUGAUUUUAGACAGAUUCUUAAUGAUUCAAAAAUCUCCUGGCAUAAUGAAUUCAUGUUAUGGCUUUUUAAAUCCUUUUCUGCCCCAAAGGAGCACUUAGGCUACACCUUUGAUGUAUUAUUAAAUUUUUUAAUGAUUAUUUUAUUUAUAACA